AGCACAGCAAACUGCACCAAAACGCAGUGGCUUGCAUUAGUCAGUGUCAGCUGUUUAUAGUUAACUGUUUGUACAGCCUAGUUAUGUUAACACUAUUUUGUCGUGCCGCUUUGUCGUCGGUGUGACUGAGGUGUUGGGACUCUAAACGCUUUAAAUCAUGGGGGAUUCAGACACCAGCGCUAUUCUUGAGGAGGACCUGGAGUCGAGUGACUCCAGCAAAGUCUGUUGUUGUUUUAAGGUGCCACAAAACAAACGUCCACCGCCGUGCUCAUGUCCAUUCUCCGUGACUGUGGAGCCUAUUAUAUUCCUGUCCACGUUCUCUUUAGCUCUCCAGAUGCCCCUAUACACGCAGUACUUAUGGGAUCGUAUCAGUGAAGAUGUGGGUUACAAUGGAACAAAGGGAGGAGGAUGUAAUGCGUCCACAGUCUUCGACCCUCUGCAGAAGGAAGUGGAGACUCUAACUGCACACUGGAACCUGUACAUCAAUUUGGGUGGAUUUCUAGUUGGGCUGAUCAUGGUGACCCUACUGGGCUCAUGGAGUGACCGUGCAGGUCGGCGUCUUGUUCUGAUCAUCCCUUCCCUUGGCCUGGCUGUUCAGGCAUCCGUGUAUUUGAUUGUAAUGUACCUGAAGCUGCCUGUGUUCUGGUUCCUCAUUGGGAGAAUCUGCAGCGGCCUGUCCGGUGAUUUCAACGCCAUUUUGGCCGGUUGCUUUGCAUAUGUGGCCGACACGAGUGCCAGGGGGUCUCGCACUUUUCGUGUGGCGAUACUAGAGGCUUGUCUGGGAUUGGCUGGCAUGUUUGCGAGCAUCAUUGGAGGACAGUGGCGAAGGGCACAAGGGUAUAUCAACCCAUUCUGGCUCGUACUGGCCACAAAUCUUGCAGCAGCCCUUUACGCAUACCUUUUUGUGCCUGAAACAGUCACCCCUGACCCUGAGGCAAAGCUCCUCUCCACCAGGCACCACCAGGCCGUCUGCCGCCUCUAUGCAUCUGAUGAACCGCAAGGACGCAGAACUAAACUGUGGCUGUACACUCUUUGCUUCUUUUUGGUGGUGUCUGUACAUUUCGGCUCCAAUGACCUCUAUGUGCUGUAUGAGUUGAGCGCUCCGCUCUGCUGGGGUCCAGAGCUGAUUGGUUAUGGCUCUGCGGCCAAGCAUAUAGCCUACCUCACUAGCCUGACAGGGCUGAGGGUCAUGCAGUGCUGUCUGGAGGACUCCUGGGUGGCUUUGAUGGGCCUUACCUCUAACAUAGUUGGCUUGAUUGUGAUUUCGGUCGCUAACACUACAACUCUGAUGUUUACAGGAUAUGGGCUGUGCUUCCUUUUUAUGGCCUGUACCCCAGUCCUGAGAUCUAAAUUGUCCAAACUGGUGGACCCUUCAGAGCAAGGUGCUCUGUUUGCUUCAGUUGCGUGUGUGGAAGGUCUAUGCUCACUAGUAUCUAGUGGGGUCUUUUUCUCUUUGUACCCUGCCACCCUACACUUCAUGAAAGGAUUCCCCUUUAUCUUAGGGGCCGUCAUCCUCUUUAUUCCGUUUGGCAUUAUUGGGGCCUUGGGUUACCAGGAAAAAGAGAAAGCAGAGAAGGCUCUGGAAUAUCCUGACACUGACUCUAGAGAGUUAUGCUAAAACAGCAAAAGACAAGAGUAAAGGUCCUUGCACAAUGAGUUCAUAUUUGUCAAAGUUCAUCACACACCAAAUGUCAUGGUGGCUUUGAAUUGUCUAUGCUACGGAUGCAAAAAAUGCAGAAAAUGUAACCCGAUCCAGAUUUUUUAAUGAUAAACGAAAGUUUCGAAGGCAGUGUGUAAACGUGAACACAACGUGAGGUUCUAUUUAUUUUUUAACGAGUGAAAAUUUCUAACUCCGUGUGUAUGAACCUUUAGUCACAGAGUCUGAAUUUUUUGUAUGUGUUUUUUCAUAUUUGUCAAAAUUUGUUAUGCACAAGACGUCACGGUGGCUCUGAAUUGUCAAAACACCCCUCAAAAUGCUUGCUAUUUAUUUUUUUAACGUGAAAAUUUGGACAAGAAUUUUGAACUCUGUGUGGAAGGACCUUUAAUUUCAGAAUAAGGGAUGAUUUUCUUCACAACUGGGAUCCUAAAGCUGAAUGCUAAUAGAGCGCACAAAAGGGACUCUUGUGCAAAACAAAUAUUACUCGGGGCUUUUUGUGUUUGUUUGUUUUUUAAAAAAAAAUUUGAGUAAGGGCAGCUUUGUCAUCACUGUGUUUUUUCAGUAUUUGAUUGUUCAGCUAGAAUGCAAUAAGAUUUAAAUGGCAAAAUAUUAUGGCGCUUGUACCAGAGGGGAGUGCUUUGACAUUGGUGCCUUUAAGCCAUUUUCUCAGGGUGGCUAAAUCUGUUAAUUAAUGAUCACGGUGAACCCCAAACUUAUGACUGGUAGUACAUUUUUAUCUGCACUUUUUGAACCUCAUCCAAUUCCAGCAUCAGCACUAUUAGACAUCAGCCAUUUACAGUGAAAGUAUUAGGAUUACUAAUUUACAUGGUUCCCUGUUUAGACAACCUGUGUGGAUCCUUAUGUUUUCCAAGGACAUAUGUGAAUUUGUUUUAUCCCAGCUUAAUAUGCAGACAUAACUAUACAUUAACCACUGGUAGAUGGAUUUCCUUAAAAAGUGUUAACACUGUGACUCUGUGGUGCUAUCAAAAAAUUGUUUCAACAUUGUUUCAACACCAGAGAGACACAGCAAUAUUAGCUCAACCAAUGGCGUGAGUUCGGGUGGACAGUGAUUAGGAAACCUGUUUUUGUAAUUCAGUUAAAUGAAAAUUACACGUUUAAAACGGCUGUAUGCAGGUUUUUUUAAAGGGAUAGUUCACCCAGAAAUUCUGUCAUUAAUUACUCACCCAAUUUACAAGUCCACUUCCAAAACAAAGAUUCACAUAUAAUGUAUUCACCCCGUUGUCAUCCAAGAUGUUCAUGUCUUUCUUCAGGCGUAAAGAAAUUGUUUUUUGAGGAAAACACUUCAGCUUUUUUCUUCAUAUAAUGGACUGAUAUGGUGCCCUGAUUUUGAACUUCCAAAAUGCAGUUUAAAUGCGGCUUCAUACGUUCCCAAAUGCAGUUGUAAACGAUCCCAGCUGAGAAAGAAGGGUCGUAUCUAGCGAAACAAUCGGUUAUUUUCAUUAAAAAAUACAAUUUAAAUACUUUUUAAUCUCAAACGCUCCUCUUGCCUUUCUCUCCACGAACUCUGUGUAUUCUGACUCAAGACAGUUCAGGGUAUGUCAAAAAACUCAAAUCAUAUUUUCUCCCUCAACUUCAAAAAUCAUUUCAAAAUUAUCCUACAUAGGUACAGAAGUACCGACCCAGUCUUUGCAACGUGAACAUGCAAAGAAGAUCAAACGCCCCCCUAACAAAAAAGGUAAAAGAGCGAUAUAGGACGAUUUCGAAGUUGAGGGAGAACAUGAGAUGGGAGUUUUUCAACAUACCCUAACUGUCACGAACCGGAACAAAAACAAUCCAGGCGUAAGACAAGAUGAGCGUUUGGCAUUAAAAAAUUUAAAUUGUAUUUUUUAAAAUGAAAAUAACCGAUCAUUUCACUGUAAGACCCUUCUUCCUCGACUGAGAUCGUUUACAACCGUAUUCUGGGAUCGU